GGUGUGGUGUACUGCUGUCAUCUGUGGUCUGGGUGUGGUGUACUGCGGUCAUCUGUGGUCUGGGUGUGGUGUACUGCGGUCAUCUGUGGUCUAGGUGUGGUGUACUGCGGUCAUCUGUGGUCUAGGUGUGGUGUACUGCGGUCAUCUGUGGUCUGGGUGUGGUGUACUGCGGUCAUCUGUGGUCUGGGUGUGGUGGUGGAGAACUAAGCCUCUUCUUGAUUCGGUGCAGAAAGCCAUCAACAGAAUGAACACCCGAAAGGCUAUAUCAUCGUUUCACUAUUUUACAGAUACUUGUUCAGUGUUGUGACGAGUUAUAUUAAAUAGAGCCAUCACCAUUCAUCAGCCUUGGAAGACAUACAGUGAGGACGCUACCAGGAAACUAAUACACAGAGCAUCUCACCUGAGCACACUAUAGGGGCGCUUCACCUGGGCACCCUACCCGAUUCCCUCACCUGGACUUCCUAUCUCGAAACCCCACGUGGACACGUUACCUGGGCACCCCUCAUGAGUAAGGCUUCACUUGGGCAUCUAACCAUGGAGGUCAAGAAGGAGGGUGAGAAGCCCCAAGAGAGGAGAAAACGGCUCCUCAGACAGCUGACGAAGGUGUUGCAGGCAGCUCUGGGAUCAUGUAUGAUGGGCACUUUAUUCACCUUCCCCUCAGUCGUGUCCUCAGACUUCGCCAACUACAACACUACCAUAUACGGCACCACGAUAUCCAUGGAGGGUUACGUGGACAUGAUUGGCAGUAUGGUGAUGGCGGGGUCGCUACCUGGUGCCUGGCUGACAGCGUUCGUGGCCUUCAGAUUGGGACGACGUUGGUCCAUGAUAGUGAACGGGGUGGUGGCUGUCGUGGGCUGGCUGGGUGUGGCUCUCUUACCUACCAUUGCGGGUAUAUUGGUAUCCAGGUGUGUGUCAGGGAUGGCACUGGGGGGAUUGUCGGUGGUGAUAAACGCCUACUCCGCCGAGUUAGCUGACGUCGACGUACGUGGUAUGAUGUCCGUGGCACUCAACAUGGGCAUCUUUUCAGGUCAGCUGUUCACGGUGUGUAUAGGGUAUGGUGUCCGUUACUAUGUGGUGGCUUUGGUCGACGCCCUCAUCCCAGUAGCCUUCGUUCUCUGUCUCAUCUGGCUCCCCGAAAGUCCCUCCAUCCUCGUUCUUAAAGGAAAAGAGGAGGAAGCCAAGAGAGUACUACUGGACCUGCGGGGGGAACACGCUGACCUUCAGGCCGAGAUACAGAGCUACAAAGACAUGAACACAGCCAUGCAGAAUGGACCCAGCUGGCGUGGUCUCCUCAUUCCCCAAGUCCUCCGUUCUCUGGCCAUCGUCUCUACCUUGUUCGUCCUUACUACAUUCUCAGGUUUCAUGGUAUUGAACGCCAAUGCAUCGCGCAUGUUUGAGGCGGCCGGGUCGACGGUGGACGGCAGUCUCUCAGCCAUCGUUAUCAUGAUCGUCCAGUUCGGAGCAGCCUUCGCCGGUUUUUUCCUUAUGGACAAGAUCGGCCGCAAGAACAUCCUGUAUGUGGGGUUCUUCCUCAUGGGUAUUGCCCUGGUCGCCUUGGCUAUCUUCGUCAGCGUAACCCAGCAAGCCGAAAUAAAGAGUGUGGACGAGGAGUUGUUGGUGCUCAGCGAGGCGGCACCUGAACAGAGGCGUGGUGGAUGGGUGCCUCUGGCCUGCCUGGUGGUGUCCCAGGCGGGGGUGGCUCUUGGAGUCAACCUCAUGCCCUUCCUCCUGAGCCAGGAGUAUUUCCCCACCUCCAUACGUUCACAGGCCAGCAGCAUCUGUUUCACGGUGUGGACCAUCGCCAACUUCGCACUUCUGCAGCUCUACACACCCAUGGCCGUGGGGCUCACUCAGCCUGGACUCUAUGGAUUUUACGCCUCCGUCUGUGUCUCAGGCAUCAUCUUCACGGUUUUCUUCAUCAGGGAAACGAUGGGCGAGAGAGUGGGCUGAGGCUGACCAUCCAUCUGGCUUCAUAUUAUCUAUUGUUAUCACCACCUGCGUCUACCUGUCGUUACCCACCAUUACCAUAAAUAACAAACACCUAUAUUUAAAUUUCAUAUCAAUGUUUAAAUUACUACUUUAAAGCUUGAGCACAUUUACACUGCAUAUAUCAUAAAAAUGAAAAUAAAUCCUAGUUAUAAUAUAA